AUGACCACUCUUACUUCUAUCCCUGUUUCUAUGGAAGAAAGACUACCUAAUUUGGCUCCGGACUCUUUACCUAUCACCUGCUUAAAACGCACAUGGGAGGGGAUCAAGCUCUUAAGAUUUUCUUCCAUUCUCGGUUAUUCUGGUCAUUCAAGAGUUGAUGCCAUGGGUUUUAGCGGUGGAAUUUGGGUGUACUGGCGGCCUGAGUUUGUCACUGCUAUUUAUGCGAGCCCUGACCCAUUGAAAAGAAGGGAAUUGUGGGAGGAUCUUAAGAAGUUUGCGACUUCUCAUAACAAACCUUGGAUGCUGGCUGGUGACUUUAAUGAUACAAGGUUCCCUUCCGAAAGAAAUAGUUCCUGUUUCGAAACCACGAGAAGGUCUGAAAAAUUUAAUGCGUGGAUUGAGGAUAUGGACUUAUUAGAGGUUGAAUUCUCCGGAGCAGCUCAUACUUGGGCGCGUGGUUUAAAUCCUGAAACAAGGAGGAGUGGUCGGCUAGAUCGAGCACUAUGCAAUGAACAUUGGGCUUUGAGAUUUGAGAAGGCUUCCAUGAAACAUAUAUCGGCAGUUUACUCGGAUCAUUGCCCAAUAUUUAUUUCUCCGAAUGGAUUCGCUCCCCUCCAAUCUCUUCACCGUCCAUUCAAAUUUCAAGCAUCCUGGCUCUUACACGAAAAAUUCCAGAAUUUUGUCAAAGACAAAUGGGAAGAAAACAGUCCCCUCAUGCCUGCUCUUUCUAAACUCUCUAGCGAUUUGCAAAACUGGAAUCGUGAAGUAUUUGGGAAUAUUUUCAAGCAGAAAAGGUCAUUGCUUGCUCGUAUUGGUGGAGUGCAGAAAAUUCUAGCUACUCGGGUUGAUAGGGGCUUAUUAAAAUUGGAAGCAAAGCUUAGAAGAAAACUUGAUGAAAUUUUGAGUAGAGAGGAGACUCUUUGGUAUCAAAAAUCUCGUAUUGAUUGGUUAAAGGAUGGUGAUCGUAACACUACGUUCUUCCACUUAAGUACCAUUGUCAGAAGAUGGAGGAACAAAAUAGUGGCUCUUAAAGAUAAUAACGGGGUAUGGAUUCAAGAUAAAGGGGAUAUUUAA